AUGACGGACGUGCUCUACAGAGCUACCAAAUACAUGAAUGCAAAAGAUGCAUUGUUAGCCCGCGAGGAAAAGCCUAAGAAGAGGGAGAGGGAGGAGGACACGCGACAAGAUAGGGGGCGAAAGGCUGCUAGAACUAGAGAUCAACGAGAUGAAAAGCGCCCUAGACCUCCCUCUGGAAGGUUCACUAAUUUCACCCCAUUAACCGCCUCGAUCGAUCAAGUAUUGAUGCAGAUUAAAGAUGAAGGAGCAUUGACGUUCCCUGGUAAAUUAAAGGGAGAUCCCAACAAAAGGCCAAGGGACAAGUAUUGUCGCUUUCACCGAGACCAUGGGCACAACACAACCAACUACUACGACCUAAAGCAGCAGAUUGAGGUCCUUAUUAGACAAGGGAAGCUACAGAGGUUCGUCAGUAGGGAAAGAACCGAUCCACUGGAGGAGCAGGCCCCACGACAGGAGAACGAGCGCCCUAGACCACCUAUAGGGGACACAAGAAUGAUCGUAGGGGGCAUAACCGCAGUCGGAUCUUCCAAAAAAGCCUGCAAAACCUACCUCAGGAUGGUUCAUAGCGUCCAACUUACGAGAUCCAUACCCAAGAUGCCGCGAAUAGAUAACCCCAUUAUCGGAUUUUCAGAGGAUGACGCUCGGAGACUUCACCACCCUCAUGAUGACGCACUUGUGGUCAGCUUGCAAAUAGGGGAUUAUAACAUGCAUCGGAUCCUCGUCGACAACGGCAGCUCAGCAGACAUCCUGUACUAUCCAGCAUUCCAGCAAAUGAGAAUUGACAGGGAACGGUUGACCCCAACGAAUGCCCCACUCGUGGGAUUUGGGGGAACGAAGGUGUUCCCCUUGGGCGCAAUAACACUAGCUGUGACGGCAGGUGACUAUCCUCAACAGAUCACUAAGGAGGUAACUUUUCUCGUGGUCGACUGUUCGUCCGCCUACAAUGCCAUCCUCCGGCGACCCACUCUCAAUUCCUAG